GCAACCAAGUGUUAACAAUUUACAUGUAGUAACUACUGUAUACAUUUCAAGGUUAUUUAUUAAAUGUUCAGUAUUUAUUCAUAGCCUAUUCCAUACACAUUAGUGUUGUACACAUCAAGUCUUUUCUUAAAACUCCUAUUCGAGUAAGUAUUCCUUGGAAUUUAAGACGCAGCCUCAAUUUGAGGAAAAAAUAAAACAUCAUACGCAUUUACAAAGAUACAACCUCAGUUACGCAUAUGGAGGCAGUGACGCUUCUUUGACAAUGGCUGCCUGUGUGUCAUGGAUGAUUCGAGAUCGGGCAGUGACGUUUUGGUUCGUCUUUUCUCAGCAGUAAGUCACGUUGCUGCUUGUGUAUUCGUGCAAGGACUUCCUUGUUUGUUUUUUCUCGGCAGUCAGUCAGGUUGCUGUUUGUGUACUCGGAUAGUCACGUCUUUUGUUGGUGAUUUUUAAUACAUAUAUUACUAUACUGUACUCUGAGAUGCAGGCUAUUUUUGAGAAGCAAAAAGUUUCUUUGAAUGGUAGGUUAUUAUAUAGGGUGUCAAAAUGGUUACCAAAAAUGAUAAAAGAAGAAAUUAAACAGAACCUGAAACCAUAAGUUUAAGAUGCUGCGACAACAGGAUCAUUUAAAUUAAAUUGUUUUAAAUAUUCUGUAUUAGACAUCAUUUAUUUUAAAUCAUACUGUCAGCCUCUUGCUGUUUUUCCACAGUGAUAUUCAGAAUCUGUAGUUAUUUAAUUUGGUCGUGUUGGUGUCAGUGUGCUUUAACAAUGUGCUUAAAGUGGCAUGCUGUUGUGACGGCGUUCCCCAUUGAAUCCCAGUUGUAUCUGAGAGGGAAUGCCUUUAAACUAGCACUGCUUCUGUGAUGCACAGGUAUUUAUGGGUACACCCUCAGGGCAUCGUGCCAUGGCAAAUCAGUGGAUAUUUAGUCAUUAUGAUUAUUUUGACAGGCUGCUGCCUUCCCUCACAGAAAAAGCUUAGAACGUAUUCCCCAUUAAUUUAAAUGGAGCAAAAGAAUCCUAACCACUUUGAUCUGCUGCAAAUUCCAUAAAUAAUUAAUCUGAAGAAGAGGACAUUAUGAUCAAUAUUUAGGUACUGUUUUCGUCACGUGCAGAGCCCAGGUUUUUAUUUAUUUAUUUAUUUAUUUAUUUGUUUAUUUAAAUGUAGUGUUUCCAAUCAUUAUUUUACCCCCCAUUUUCUUCCCAGUUUGGAAUGCCCAAUCAUUUUUCCCCUCACCACAGCAAUUCCCCACAUGGCUCAGGAGACCAGAAGGUUCAGCAGACAUCCUCUGAGCCCACCACCAUGCCAGCUUCCAUUUCCACCCAGGAACUUGAGCUACCUACUGACGUGCGCCAACAUUAACGUGGCUCAGUUUUUAAUUUACACCUUUGGUUUUAGGGGGAAGGUACCUGUUGCUGAACUAUAAGCCAAUGUACAAGAAAAUACUACAUUUUAUAUCCAAUGUAUUGUUAAUGGCAAUGCAUUUAUUCUAAUUGCUUAACACGUAUAGCAAAUGAUCAGUCACCCAUUUAUACAUAUAUUAAAUUAAGUUUUAAUUAAGUGUUAAAAGCACACCCUAUAUAAUUAUCAAAUCAGAAAUAAAAAAAAAAAACUUUGAGAAAUAGCUUUGAGAAUAUAACCUGUUGUCUAUGAAUGGCAUGUACAUUCUUUUUUUUAUUUUCUUUUUAAAGUUUGGAAUCGCCAAUUAUUUUUCUUAUUUUCUCCCCAGUUUGAAAUGUCCAAUUAUUUUUAUUUCAACCCGGCUCACCACUGCCACCCCCAGGCUGACUCGGGAGAGACGAAGACGGACACAUGCGUCCUCCGAAAUGUGUGCCGUCAGCCGUUUGCUUCUUUUCACUCUGCGGACCCGCCAUGCAGCCACCUCAGAGCUACAGCGUCGGAGGACCACGCAGCUCUGGGUAGCUUACAGGCAGGCACGCAGGCGCCCGGCCAGUCUACAGGGGUCGCUGGUGCAAGGUGCGCCAAGGACACCAUGGCCGACUUAGGCCCUCCCCAUCCAGACGGCGCUCGGCCAAUUGUGCACCACCCCCUGGGAACUCCUGUCCACGGUCGGCAGUGGAAUAGCCUGGACCCAAACCGAUGACCUCCAGGCUAUAGGGCCAUCCUGCACUCCACGUGGAGUGCCUUUACUGGAUGCACCACUCGGGAGCCCCUUGGCAUGUACAUUUUGACACCAAGGCAUCUUAUCUGAACUGUAUACUAUAGCAUGUUUUGUUUAGUGGGGGUUGUGCACUGUCAUGGUGUAAUGGUGAGCCUUAUGUGUAACUCUCUUAUAUAUUCCAGGAAAUAAAAUGCAUUCCAGAGUGAUAUGCAAGCAAUGAAAACUGCAUUUAAAUACAAGGGCAGAAUGACCGUUCCUGCUAUGAUUGUUCCCAAAAGCAACACAAAAGUGUUAUGCUGUACCCAUACCUGUGUGUGAGAUUGGCAUGAGACUCCGAGGGAGGGUUCCUCAAGGUUCUGCUUUGCCGUGGAUAUCCAACGUUCUAGGAGUUCAGAGUGUGAGACUGCGCCUGAGGCUGGAUCGUCACAACAACAAGGGCGAAGGGUGCUGGCAGCUGGUUGACUUGGGUGGAGGGAACGAAAGAAGCUGCCGCAAACUGAGAGAUAGGAUACAGCCGGCUUCAUCUCGGAGUCCAAUGAGUAUUCCUGCAGCCUCAGUGCAGAAACCAGACAAUAGUGAAAUGCAGUCGCCUGCAAUGAGUCCCGCAUUCAUUCCCGGGCAGAGAGGGAAAAUACCAGGCAGAAAACGGGGGAGGCCGCCUCUCCGUUCCACUGUCUCCAAAAUGGAUUUCCAGAAUCGAUACUCGGAGUCCCUCUCACCCUUGAAAGUACCUAAGAAGAGGGGCCGGAAGCCUGGCUUUAAGCUCAAGUCUCGGAUUGUGAUGACUCCUCUGGCUAUCUCCCCUCCCAGCAGUACCCCCGAGCCAGACAUGAGCUCCAUUCCUCAAGACGCCGCUACUGUUCCUCACUCUGUCACCCCGCAAGUGCUCACAGUGUGCAUUUAUAUAAACAAGCAAGCCAACACAGGUCCUAAUCUUGACAGGAAAAAAGUACAACAGCUUCCAGAUCAUUUUGGGCCAGACAGACCGUCUGUAGUGUUGCAGCAAGCAGUGCAAGCGUGCAUUGACUGCGCUUUCCAGCAAAAGGCUGUCUUCUCUCUGCUCACUCAAGGUUAUGGUGGAGAGAAAAUAUCAGCCACGUUUGAUGGGAAACAGCACCUCCUUAGCCUGCCAGUAGUGAACAGCAUUGGCUAUGUGCUGAGGUUUCUGAAGAAGCUGUGCCGUAGCCUGCAUUGUGAGAAUCUCUUCAGUGAUCAGCCUUUCAUGCAGCACAGUGCAGCCUCCUACCACAGUGAGAAGUACUUUGAGGGGAAUGCACACUCCACAGAAACUUCAAUGCCGGAAGAUUACCUGGUCGACCCCAUAGAUCCGAAGAGAUACUCUGUGGACCCCACUGACUCUGCGUUUAACUUGAUGAGCUCUCCCUACCCGCCGAAGCCCUCCUAUGGCUAUCGCUCCUGCCAGCAGUUCCCAGGAGGGCCCGCCCCAAUAGGCCUGUGCAGGCAGGCAUCCAGUCCCAGCACCUUCCAGGAAGGAAAUAGAAGUGCCUAUAGUCCUUCACCUGAGACACAGGAUACCGCCCCUCCACCCAGCAAAGACCCCUCCACCUGGACAGUGGAAGAUGUGGUCUGGUUUGUGAAGGAUGCAGACCCCCAUGCUUUGGGGCCACAUGUAGAGAUAUUCAGGAAACAUGAGAUAGAUGGAAACGCUUUGCUUCUCCUGAAGAGUGACAUGAUCAUGAAAUACCUGGGACUGAAGCUCGGACCGGCACUGAAACUCUGCUAUCACAUCGAUAAACUAAAACAGGCAAAGUUCUGAAUUCUCUGAUAGGCAGGAAAACAUUUGGUUAGAAGCAUUGAACAGUGGGGCAAUGCAAGUUAGAGGAUAUUUCUGGAAAAGGACUGAUUUGAUUGCUUUUGAAGUUGUUUUUUUUUUACCAGCCCCAGGCAAAGUAGAGAUAUGUGCAAAGUGAAAGAAUUACCUGCAUAUAUGGCAAAUUAACUGUUAUUUGUGUUUCUCCGUUCUGGCUACUAUGUGUCAUUCAUUUUGAACAGGCAUUUUAUAGUUUCAGUGAGUUGUUAUGUACUAAAUAUAUGCCUCAAAACUUUGAUACCAUAUUGGUUAUAUACAGUAGCCAACUCCAGCUCAACUACAAGGUGAUAAUGGAAAUUAUAUGUGACAUUUUUCUAUGUAACUCUAGGUCUUUUAUCACAGAAAUACUCACUAGCCAGGCCUGUUUAGAAUCAUCAAUAGUCCACACAGCAACAGCUACCUUAAUAUAAUGCCAAAAGUCCAAAGUCACCUCAAACUCAUUAUUUUGAGAUUACCUUCAAUUUAGCUUUGGUAGAGGGCUGAGAGCUCUUGGUUCCAAGGACAACCUAAGACAAUUGCAUGUGAAAAUGGCCCCCAUACUUAUAUAUACUCAUACCAUGUACAUAUUCAUAAGAUAUACACAACAAUACAUCAACACCACCUGCUGGGCAUUUAACACAUUACAGCUCACUGUAAUUAGUUACUCAGUAGCCAAUCCUAAAUUAAUAUGUGAUUUAUCUGCUUAAUUACUGAACCGAGAGAUAUCUUUAUCCACAUGCUACCUAGAUUAGAAAUGGGUUGUCUGGCACAUCUUUAAGGCCAAGCUAGUUUUAAAAUGUAAGAUUUGAGUCUGUUUGGGAAUUGGAUUGUUAGAGCGGCUAAACAUUAAGCAGAAACAUAGUUUGGCAUUACAUUACAACUUAUCUGCUUGUCAUGUUUUCCAGACAAUUAGAACUUGAAUUAGGCAAUAUCUUGGGUAAGUGCUUUUCAUUUUUACAUUUUCACAACAUCUCUGUACUGUACAUUUGUUCGGAUUUGAAAGAAGGCAGAUAAUCAGGAAAACGACGUAAAGUUUUCCCAUGUGUUGCAUUUCAACUCCACAUUUGCUUCAGGUGUAAGUAGUGUUGGGGUAAAACAUUUUAUAAAGCCAUGUUUUCUUUUAUAUAUAUACACACACACGGGCUUGCUGUUUAUGUACCUGAGUGUAUUGCAAUUGUAAAUAAUUGCAUUUCAUAUUAAGUUAGUAAUAUAUGUUCAGAAAUAAUUCACAGUACUGUUGUAUGUGUUGUGGCAGUUGUGUUAAAAACAAAAAAUGUAGGUUAUUAUUUUUUAGACAUCAAAUGAGAAAUAGAAAUGACAAAAUAUACUGUGGGCAAUCCUGGACAUUUUUAAACAAGGCUGUCUAAUUGCCUUGCAGUCAUAUACGUUCAAGCUUUAGCCAUAGAGGCUACAUCUAGCUGUAUUUGCUUAGGUAGUCUGUCGUGCUCUCUGUUAUACAUAUGAGAGCUUGCACCAUACUUUUGUGGUUCCUGCAGUCUUUAUUUGCUCUCAUUUUUAAAUUAGAUGGAGACCUGUUAGGAGCAGUUUCAGCUGAAAGCUGAAUCUUGCCUUUUUUUCCUUUUUUUUUCUUUAAAUGCUGAGGUACCCGGUGCAAAACACUGGGCCCACAAAAUUCUCUCGCAUUUUAGCUGAAGCAUCAGUGUUACUUGUUGACUGAAUUGCCUCCUUAUCAAAUGAGAGCUAGUCUUUUUGGAAACUUUCAGCUACGACUGUGUGUGUGUGUACGUACUGCAUUUGUGUGUGUGUUUUUAUUGAUAUCUGUAUCUGAAUGCUGCUUUUUAUGAUAAUAGGUAUAAGCCAAGUUGAAAAAGAAAAAUCUAUGUUUAUGCCAGGAUAGCUGCUACAUGGAUCAUUUCAUGUUGGUGCUAACUUUUAAUAUGUGUUGUGUUUUUUCUGCAUUAAUAUGGGGGACAUAAGUGUGCCGAUAAUGACAUUAACAAUUGUAAAUGAAGAAGAUGGUACAUUUUCUUACGUUUUGUUUAAGAUCAAAGAAAAAAAAAAUGUUUUAGUAUCUUGCAGCACUCACCCAUAACUUGUAUACAUUUAAUAAUCAGUGUAAUACUGAUGAAGGCAUUAUCCAAAAACUUGUAUCUACUUUUCUUCUUGUUUUACCUCAGUUUCACAGCAUUCCGUGUUAAGUUUCUCUAUUUGUAGUAACACUGCUAGCUGAACACAGGAUAAACUGCUAUGGACAGUAUGGCUACAGUACCUCCAGUCUAUGGGAUGAGUUUGGUAAAAUCCAGACAGAUCAUCCUGCCCCAAUAUACUCAUUUUAUACUUGAAACUGCCCAGAGAAUCAACUUGCGUCAUCCAAAAGCACCUGCAGUAUUCAAACAUGAAAUCUGUGUACUUGUUUAUCUGUUCAUAUUGCCUACCUUGAUAUACUAGUAACAUCUUGAUUGUGGAAAGUGUUUUUUUUUUUUUUCGACAUUCUUGUCACAGCUGUUCUCGUUGUAGGUGUAGGUUGUAGUUAGGUAGGGUUUACUUACUUAUUUCUUGCCUCCACCACCGCCCCACCCCUCAAGUUGAGUAAAGUACCGUUUGCUUACAAAUGCCUGAAAUGCCAAUCAUAAAAACACUUCAACAAAUAUACCAAAAGGCUGACUAGUUAGGGUUCCGAGAGCCACAGUUUAACAGCACCUUAAUCUACUUUACAGAUAGUCCUGGUCAUGUGGUCACAACCACAGUUCAGCUGCGUUUAGUGUGUCCUGGUCAUGCGGUCACAACCACCGUUCAGCUGCGUUCAGUGUGUCAUGGUCAUGCGGUCACAACCACCGUUCAGCUGCGUUCAGUGUGUCAUGGUCAUGCAGUCACAACCACAGUUCAGCUGCAUUCAGUGUGUAAAGGAAUUAACAUGUUCCGAUUUGAACUGCUGCGUUGAUACCGCGGGGCUCUCGUUUCACAGUUUAUUGGUGUUACACCUUUUAAUAAUAAAUGUGUUGUUACCAUAUUGGUUAUAACAGGCUUGUAUGUUUCAUUCAGUAACACUAAAUGUAAACGUUCAGUUCACAUGAUAGUUGGCUUGCAGUUCCAGGUUAUAACUGCCUAUGCAGAUUUACUGUCAGAUCUCAAAAGCAGAACUGGUGUCUGCCAUUUUUGCAUUGUGACUGCAUUGUAUUUAAUUAUCUGCCACAAGUAAUUAAAAUAAAGCUAAGCAUUUUUUUUAAGUUAAUGUUCUGUAGUUCCAGUACUUCUUCAGCUUACAUACAGACACAAGGUUAGCUGGUUUUGAUAGGCCCAGGGGAAUGGUCAAGAUGGGCUUGUUAAGUUACACAAUUCAUUAUCAAUGUUCCAAAUAAAACUGCUCCAAUGACCCAGCUGUGAACUCACUGACUCACAACAUGCAGCAACAGAGAUCCAUUUCCAUUUCUGUGACUACAGGGGAUAUUGACAUUUGAGGAAGCUUGAUUUGAAGGAGAAAAAAAAUUCUAGUUUUUAUCGAAUUGGUAGAAGUUAAUUGUGCUUUUGAAGUUAGUGGUGAAAUUGAAAGGAAACAAAAGACGUACAGAUAUUUCAGGCAUUAAGAAUUGUAAAUAGAAAUGUAAAAGUUUGCAUUGCAAAUUUAUACCAGGACAGGUAUUUUAGAAAGCUGCGCGGUGUGUGCUUUCAGUGUUUUUUUGUGUACCCUUUGAAAUCAUUUUCAAGCAGUUUUAUUGUGUAUUUCAUAAGUAUUUUAGUGGAGCACUCCUUAUUGGCUAGAAAAGGGACAGUACAGUAUUUAAAAUUGUUCAGUGCUGUUAGUGUGUCUGAGUUGAGUCGUGCUCAGGUUGUGUUUAUGCAACUAUGGUGCUUUUUUUUAGAUACCACAGUUUUCCUACAAGAAUGACUUUCAGACUUUGCUAUAAUGUUUCACCUGUGAAGAAAUUACAGAUUUUCUUAUUUUAUAUAUAUAUAUAUAUAUAUUUUUUUUACAUAGUUGUAGUCAAAAGUUUACAUACCCCAAUGAAAAUGUAUAAUUUCUAGAAACUUCUCAAAAAGAAAUAAUUAUAGGAAGAAUCUUUGGUAGGAAAACUUUUGCUUUUGUCGAUGAGGGAAAAAGUUACAAGAAAUAGAUCUACAAUUAUUUAUUAAAGCAAUUUUUUUGCAAAACUCUAAAAAUGCUAAUUCAAAAGUAUUCAUACCCUGACAAGAAAAAUUAAAUUAAUAGCUAGUUGAGGCACCUUUAGUAAUAAUACCUCUUUUAAACGAUUUUGGCAUGAUUCUUUAAUGAUUUUUGACCAUUCUUCAACGCAAAAUUGUUCCAGUUCAUUAAAAUUCUUCUCUUGUGCACAGCCUUCUUCAACUCAUACCAAAGAUUCUCAAUCGGAUUUAGAUCGGGACUUCGACGAGGCCAUUCCAAAACCUUGAUUUUAUUCUUUAACCAUUCUGAAGUAGAUUCUGAUGUGUGCUUUGGAUCGUUGUCGUGUUGGGACAUACAGCUGCGCUUUAAACCAAGUUUUGUAGCGGAGGGUUUCAGAUGAUUGGCCAGUAUCUUUUGGUAUGCUAUGGAAUCCAUUUUACCAUGUAUUGGAACUAAAUUUCCUGUGCCAUUAGACUGUGCCAUUAGAUUAGAGGAAUAACAGCCCCAUAGAAGGAUAUUACCACCUCCAUGCUUGACAGUAGGUAUGGUGUUCUUUUCUUUGUAUGCCUCACCAGACUUUCUCCAAACGUAACAACUAUCAACAUGACCAAAUAGCUUGAUUUUUUGUUUCAUCACUCCACAAAACAUUUGACCAGAACUCAUAUCCAUCAUUCAAAUGCCGUUUUGCAAACUUUAAGUGACCUUGUGCCUUUUUCCGAAGAGUGGCUUUUUCCUUUGAUGCGACCAUUGAGUCCUUCAUGCAAUACUCGACCUAUGGUUGAAAUGGAAACCCCAGUCCCACUUGCAGCCAAUUCUUCUACUUGUUCUUGGUGAAAGAACCUUCUUUCUUCCAGACCAAGGGAGCAUUAUGACAGUACCAUGAGUUGUACUUCUUGAUAACAGAAACAAAAGUUGAAAUUGGGAUACUUAAACGCUUGGAAGUCUUCUUGUAUCCUUCUCCAGCUUUAUGACAAUAAAUAAUUUUCUGCCUAAGGUCUUCAGAUAGCUCUUUACUUUUUCCUAUAUUGACUUAUUGGUAAUGACAGCAAUCAUCCUAUGCCUAACCCUUUUAUACUCUCUAAGAAUGUUCACCUACAAUCCAGCAUUUUCUAGACUUUUCUAGAAUUAGGUUCUGCAUUAUCAUAUUGAAAUUUCUAGCACCUUGUAGACAAUACUAUCGUAGCAUCAAAGGGUAUGAAUACUUUUGAAUUAGCAUUUUUGGAGUUUUGAAAAAAAAUUGCUAUUUCUUGUAACUUCUUCAUCCGCAAAAGUAAAACUUCUGCUACAAAAGAUUUUUCCUAUAAUUAUUUGUUUUCGAAUAAUUAUUAGAAAUUAUACAUUUCCAUUGGGGUAUGUAAACUUUUGACUACAACUGUAUAGAUAUACACAUACAUACUAGGGCUGUCAGUCGAUAAAAUUGUUGGAUGGGUUAAUUUAUGGGCAUUAGUUGAUUAAUUGGUAGAUUAAUUCGUGCACAUUUUUAAUAAAGGUAACACUAUUAUAGCGACUGCAUAGUAAUACUGAACAAUCUAUGGAAUCUAAAAAUAAAUAAAUAAUAAGCCAAUGUGAAUUUGGUCGUUUUAAAAGCAUUUUUAUUAUUAUUUUUAUUUCACAGGACAUUGGUUGUUUCCAUAGCUACGUACUUGACUUCCUCCUUGUACUUCUGAAUCAUAGCAGAACCUGAGGCACGAAGAGAUGAAGCCGUUCUGAAUCUUGUUACACAUACCCGAGAAUACUGGGGCUAUUGACAAGUGAUUGCUUAACAUGCUGUCGUAGUCAGAAAUCAGAGAAAGUAAUUCCACAUAAUGACCUUUAUUUGAAGAAUUGGUGCCUUCAUCAGUCCCGGUAUUUCUGGUGUAUGCUGUACCUCCAUUUUUUCCCGCCUCUGCUCACUAAUGAUUGGACACCUCUAAAACAAGGGACAGAUCUUUGACUCUCCCAUUGGUUAAACCUACUAAAGACUUUCAACUGUCCCGCCUCCACUCAAUUAUGAUUGGACUGCCGCAGAGAAAAUGCUGAUCUUCUAUUGGUUGAUUUUAUUUUUUAUACAAAAAUAGAACUGCACGAUUACAUUUUUAAAAAAUGAAUCUGCGAUCAACUCUUUAGUUGAUUAAUCGGUCUGAUUAAUCUAUUAAUUGGAGCAGCCCUAAUAUAUUAUUGUUAUUAUUAUAUAUACACAUUAGGGGUGUUAAUCUGGACAUUUUCUAUUGAUCGAUUAAUCAUAAGAUCUAUUAAUUGAUUAAUCACACAAGACAAUUACAAAGUAUUAACAUAAUGCUAUUGUAGCCGGCCAAUCAGUGAAAGACAGAUGUUUGUGAUACCAAUCCAGGUAACGUUUAUUCUCGUAUCUCCCAGAUAUACAGUAACUUCAUUAUGCCUUUUCCGAUUAUACAAACAGGAAGAUGAACUGAUAUUCUUGCAAGUUUGAAACUGCCAAAGUAAUGCACUGACUACACGGUUGUACUACAAUCAAAAUGUCUUGAGCUUUCUUCAUCUUUAAUGCCAAUAACAGCAAACACAAACUGUAUACGCUGUACACAGUUAAAUCACUAAGCCAGACAGUUUUUCAAACAAACAAGUUUUUCAGUAUAGAUUUUCUGAUGAUGUUUGAAAGAAAAAAACAGUUGAAUAAAAAGAAAAAAUCAACUUACUUGCGACUAAGUUGAUACAAUAAACCUGUAGUACUGCUGUGAAAGGAAAGUGCCGAAGUAGCAGUCUUAUUUUGUCCGUUCUGAGAUAUUGUGAAAUAUUGGGUGUGCAGUACCUUCCACUAAGUACCCACCACCAUUUGUCAAGCUUUGUUUCUAUAUACUGCUCUCGGGUAGGCAAGAUUAAUCGAUCAAGUCUUUUAAAUCAAUUGAAGCCCACAGGUGUGAUUUAAUCAGUUUAAAACCCUGCAUCUUGUGAAUCUUUUAAAGCAGGUUUUCUAGCAAGAGGAAAUAGCACAAAAAUUGCACUGCGCCACAGGAUACAUAUUUUUGUCUCUAACUAAGUGAUUGGUUAUCUUCUAAUGUAUUUAUAAUGUUUUGGGUUUUUUUUUACAAGUAUUUUAAACAAAGGGCAGCUGUGUUAAGUCAUUUUAAUAUUUGGAGACAUUGUAACAGCCUGUAUGGUUUUGUUUUUUCUUUGUAGUUAUGGUAAGCAUGACAUCCCUGUGAGAAUUGCUGUUACAAUUUACUGUGGUUAAAUCAGUAUUACUGUAUCAUCAUAUGUGCACUGGGCAGACUGACUUAACAUGUCCAAUAUAUGAUUCAGUAUGUACUUUACUACAGGGUGCGUGAGGCAGUUACCUGGGUUGGUCUGGCCAUCUUUGUCCUGUAUUUGUUAUGAAACAUCCAUAUUGAGUAAGAAGUGAUUCACACUCAAACAAAUGGGCUAAAUCAUAAAGAGGCUUCAUUUUAUAUUUAUCAGACCUGCUUUAUUUAUUUAGACAAUAUGGACUAUUCUGCAGUAAGGGCCACUAACCAGCUUCCCUUGUUAUCAUCAGCACUCACUGUAUACUAUCUACUCUCUUUCCUUCUGUAAGACAGAAUUCACACAUAACCAUCUAUGACAGCAGCACAACUUGGUCAGAUCAGGGUAAACAGCACUUUUUAGCAGGAACAUGAGCUCCAGGUUAUCCUAGUUCAGAUGCACACUACUGCAGCAUAGGCCAUAUACGGUACAGGGCAAUGUGUUAUAUUGUGAUAUACUGAUGUUAUCCACAAUAGGUUUAGGAAGUAAAGAUUAGACUGAAGGUUUAGACUGAAGCCUGUGAUCCAUAACCUGCUCCAUCAUGUCAGUAGUAAAUACUUUUGCCAUACAUAAUAUUUUGUGUUUGCUGUCAGACACUGCAAGGGUGCUUUUAAUUAUAAAUAUAGCAUGUGUACAGAUUUAAAUGAUUAAAAAAAACAAAACAUUUUGUCGGUUACUGAACUGCCUUUGAAAACUUUGGAGUGUGUUGUUUUUAGUGUUUUUAUUAUUAUUAUUAUUUGCAAAAAUGUCUAGUAGUUACUGGUUUGGAAAACACCUGUUAUCUCUUUUCGUGUUUCUUCUUUCAAAAUAGCAUAAUACAAUUCCAUACCAUAUCCAAAUCAUACAGUCAUUUAAAUAGUGUCCAUCAUGAACAAACAUCCUGAGGCGCUUUUAAAGAAUAGAAAUAAAAGAAAAGCUGUUGACUGCUAGACUGGCAAAGUCUAAAUCAAGACAGUGUUGAAAGUAUUCCAGUUUGUUAUAAAGUUUCUUAGAGAAUAGAGUAGCAGAUUUAUUUCUCAUUUUCACUACAGUUCAUCCAUUUCUAACAGUUGUAAAUUGCCUAGAGAUGUGUGUUUAUGAUAUAAAGUGCAGCUACACAGAAUAGUAAAUAUUCCUAUUGUAUAUUACUGUUCAUUCUUUGUGUCAUGGCAUGCAUCUCAAACAGAUACGCAUUAUUCGUUUUAUGUAGCAGUUGAAAAAACAACUAUAAAGUCUGCCAGGUAUUAGACUUUUUUUCUUCUUUUUUGCCGUGUGAAGUGAUUGGCUGCUUUAGGCUCUUUUGUAAAGACUGUUAUUUUUUUGUAAUCCAUGUCUUUUUAUUUAAGAAGCACAUUGUUCUGUAAAGUGCUGUACGGUGAUGUAUGUUUCAAAGGUUGCACAACAUGUAAACUGCUUCAAUAAAAGAAUCUUAAAUGUA